AUGCCGCCAGUCGUGCCAAAUCCGGGUGAGCGCUCUCUCUUUCUCUUGGCCUCCGCCUCCGCCACUGCCGGUUGUGAGUUCUUCCAUUUGGAGGGCUCAAACAAGGGGCUCUACACCGCUGUUCUUCGAUCUGGCACUCCCGUGGAGACCUCCACAGUCAUAGCCAACGCAAAGGACAGCGAGAUUGCAGCGCUGCCCAUCGAUGCCAUCGAAGCUUUGCUGGGAUCUUUGGGAAAUAAACCCGAGGACCCUGCUGGGCUGCCAAGACAUAUGGACGCGUCUGUCAAGGUCAUGGCAGCGGUACCAGGCUCUUUAGAGAAGAAGGCGGCUGGGCUGCAGAUCCGCUCUAAAGGUGUGGGCAACACAGGCACCAAGGCGCUUGGCCUGCUGUGCUCUACUGCCCCCUUUCACAUCAUGGCCUUGGCAAUGGCAGGCUUGGGUGAGAAGGGUGAAGGUGAUGACGCAAAGGCCUGCGCCAACUUUAUUGAGCGGGUGUCUCCGGCAAUUCUGGAAGCGUUGCCAUCAGAGCACUUAAUCAAACUGGCCGAAGCGUGUGCCAAGUCCAAAGCAGUUGCUGAGACUAUACUCGCAACAGUGAGCAAAGCCUGCUCUGGAGCACUGCCCAGCUGGUCCAUGGAUGACGUCUCAAAGCUGUUGUUCGCUUUGGCCAAGGUGAAAGUGGGUGACACCCCAGAGAUGGCCGAGUUGUAUAGCCGCGCAGCAGAGGUUGCUUCUGCGAACCUCUCAAGCUUGUCCGAGACGCAGCUGGUCAAGGUGGUGCUGACACUCAGCAGAGUUCCAGCUUGCAAGGAGUUUGUGGCUACGGCUGCUGCUGAAGUUGUCAAUAAGAUGUCCACCAUAGCGGCACCUCAACUGCUGCUGCUGACACAGGGCAUAGCCAGUUUAGGCUCGGACAAUGCAUCUUUGAUGAAAUUGGUGGAGUUUUGGGCCACAGACGAGGUGAAGUUGAAGCAACUUUCAGCUGACCAGCUGGCGAAACUCAGUCAGGUGCUGGCUCCUGUGGUGACCAGACCUCAGUUCGGGGAUGGCUCCAAAAAACCAAUCAGGCCGACACAUGAAGGCCUAUGGAAAGUUGCUGGUGCCAGACUCCUGGAGCAGAAGGCCUCCCUGGCCGAUGCAGGGAAAGCCUCCGAGCCUUGGCUAUGGGAGGUGUUGGCAGCGUUCAGUGGAGAAGCACCAACCUUUGAGGACAAAGAGAAGCUGUUGGCAGCCGUGAAGCCGAGGGAAAGGGAACGCGAAAAAGAUAGAGACAAGGACCAACGAGCAAGACGACAGCGGAUCUUAGAAGCCCGUUCUGCCACUCUCUCUCUCUCUCUCUCUCUUCCCAGGACCGAGAUGAAAGACGGAGCCGUGGGCGUCCGUUGCUUAGUGUUUUGUGAUUGA